GUUUGAUCGCUUUUUCCCCACCGAGAAUCUGAGGGUUAUUGACGGAAAGGAUACUCCAUCCAAGAGAUUUUUUUUACCGUCUUUUCCUGAUCGAAUAGAAGACUCUUUUCAGCCAUGGCUUUCAUGGUGAAACACGUGGUGGGAGGACAGCUGAAGAACCUGACUGGAGGACUCGGGGAAGAGAAACCCGAAGCGGAGAAAACGGACGCGGCGGCGCAGGGGAUGACUCAAGAGGAGUUUGAACAAUAUCAACAACAGUUAGAGGAGGAAAAACAGGAACGAGAAGCCAAUUUUGCCCAGAAGAAAGCCGAGAGGGCCACAGUCAGAAGUCAUUUCCGGGAUAAGUACCGACUACCAAAGAACGAGACGGACGAGACUCAGAUCCAGCAGGCGGGCGACGACGUGGUUUUGCCCACAGAACUCGCCAAGAUGAUUGCAGAGGACGGCCAGGAAGAAGCCAGCAAGCAGUCGGUGUUUGGCCAUCUUUCCAACAUCCAGAACGUGGACAUGGACCAGCUGAAGGACAAAGCCCAGGCCACGCUGGAAGACCUCAAAAAGCAGACGGAGAACUGCAGCCUCAUGUGAUCUGGCCCAGAGCAUCAGAGUUUUACUUGUACAAAUACUUCUCAGAGGCAGAGCUGCUGUGCAGGGUGGACAUUUUCUUAUUGCUUUAGUGGAGCCGAGCCACAUAAUAAUAUAAGUUUUUCUAGCUGCGCAAAGUUAUACACAGUCCCUGCAGGAAAGAUAAUAAAAACAUGGUGUAAUCUGGAGCUAGUCUUGAAGUAAAAAGGGUCAUCAAGUUGAGCUAGUUCAGUUAG